AUGGCGCCGUCAUAUAGCAGCGGCUACGGCAACUCGCCAGCUCCCCCCAGCUACACCUCCAGCUCGUACCACGACUACGGCACGCGAGACCACGGCGACUUCCAGUCCAUCUGCGACGACAUAUUGGCCGGUGCGCGGACCUUCUGGCGGCGGCUUUGGGCGUAUGGGCAGGGUCAAGGGCGGCAUUCGGCCUGGAGUGUGACUAUGAAGGGAGGACAGCAGCUCCGGCGGAACCUGGUGCGCCGCCGCAUCUUCAGCUUCCCGCACCUGCUGGUUGCGCUCUGGAUGCUGGUCUUGCUGUGGGGGGAGCGGUGGACGUUUGCAAGUAGCGUACGAAACUGCGAUUGGGAUCAUUGGGAAGAUUGGCCCUCAGGUGCAACUCCGCAUCGACUUAUAUUCGUCGCCGACCCCCAGAUCAUCGAUCCCCAUUCUUACCCUGGCCGCCCAUGGCCGCUGAACCCCUUAACGAUGCGCAUUACCGACAAUUACAUGCGGAGGUCCUAUAUACAACUACAGGAGGUUCUCCACCCAGACACCGUCAUGUUCCUAGGGGAUCUAUUCGACGGUGGUAGAGAGUGGAAGACGGCGCGCGGAAACUUCGACGACCCGGACUGGGCCAAGGAUCACCGGCCCGCCCACGAACAGGAAUUAAUGAAGCAGUGGAAUAAGAAGUACGGCCAGGAAUACUGGCUGAAAGAGUACGCUAGAUUCGGAGAUCUUUUCUACAAGAGUUUCAAGCUGGGAGGAGACUACCCUGGCGCAGGUCAGAGAGGACGCAAGCUCAUAUCGAGCUUACCUGGAAACCACGACUUGGGCUUUGGAGCCGAGGUUAAGCCCCCCGCGCGACAUCGGUUCAAUGCGUACUUUGGCGAGACGAACAGAGUAGACGUUAUUGGGAACCACACGUUCGUGUCUGUGGAUACAGUGUCAUUGAGCGCCGGUACAUCGUCUAUGAAGGACAAGGUCGACCUGCACGGCAUAUACGAGCCCGUGCAUCAGUUCCUGAAUGAGGUCAAAGCCACCAAAAGAAGGGCUGUUCAGAGGGAGCUACGGUUCUGGAGAGGCGAGACGGAGGAGCUCGUAUUUGAACAGAAGAUUGAGGAUCUCGACAGCGGUGAUUACAGCGCAUUACCGACCAUAGAUCCGGGAGAGAACGGGCCUGAUUUCCCAACCAUUCUGUUGACACACGUCCCGCUGUACCGAAAUCCAGGAACGCCAUGUGGUCCCUUGCGAGAGCAUUCGCCGCCGGCAAAACCACCGGCGGGUCAGGACACACCGGUAAUCCCCGACCAUGGGAAUGCAAUCAGUGUAUCGAACGGAUACCAGUACCAGAAUGUGCUCAGCGACGAGGAUUCCAUCAGGCUCAUCAAGAGCAUUGGUAACGUCAAGCACGCCUUCUCUGGGGAUGAUCAUGACUACUGUGAACUGGUACACUCCGAGCAGAAAGAAAAUGUCCAUGAGGUUACAGUCAAGAGUGUGAGCAUGGCUAUGGGUGUACUGUCCCCCGGCUUUCAGAUGGUUUCCCUGUACAACCCCAUCGACGACCAAGGGAACCCCUUGGCUGGCUCUCCAGGACCUACACUGCAAACUCAUCUUUGUUUGCUCCCUCGUCAGCUGUCUACUUACAUCAACUACGCUAUUUUGGGAGUGCUGACCGUAUUGGUUCUGGCGGGACGGGCAUUUCUGCUCCCUGUCCUCAAUUUGCAACCCUUCGCUCUGGACCCCGUGCAACGAGCGCCAUCAGCGGUUCUCCCUAUCUUCAAAGCAAAGACCGAAGCCGAGGGUGGAGAUGACUAUGAUUUCAUUUCUACCUCCUCCGCCACCUCGUCGAAAGUUCCAUCAGCUCGAGUAUCAACUACCCGGCCGCGAGGUCCAUCCCUGUCGAAUGGGCUUGUAUCCUACGCGCGCAAUGCAUCUCCCAAGCCCCGGAGGGACAAACCAGGGCCAGGCAAAUGGGGCUGGGGCCAAAACAGGGGGCCCCGGAUUGAGAUCAGGAGGGAUAGCUACUACGACGGCAAGGGUCGCGGUGACACCUGGAAGCCCGCCACGCGGCCGCGGACAACGUUCAGUCUGGUCACACGAGAUAUAUGGACCACGACCUGGCGAGUGGUCUGGAUGGUGCUGCUCUUCUUUGCUUACCUCAUGUACCAGGGAUAG